CUUGUUACUUCAUUCUUCGCCUUGCUCUAAUAUGAUUAUUAUAUUGAUAUGGAAGAAUAGCGAAGGUGUUCGGCAUAGCUAGCCGAGGCGCGUACUAUUUAGCUGGCAUCGGUCACCCAUCCCCAUCCCAAUGCAUAUUCGUACUCGUAUUCUUGGGGGCUGCGCAUCCUACACGCAGCGCGCGCGGCCGGCCGACGCGUGUGGUAUUGCGUAUCCAUAUGCGCCGCGCGAGUGCUCCGCAUUCCUUAUUCUGUAUUCCGUCUUCCGUAUUCAGUAUUCUGUACUCAGUAUUCUUCCUCCAUCCUUCGUAUGUAUUCCUUUGUUUCCCUCCCUCCUCACCCUUUCAAUUUCACUAUCAUCGUGACACAUGAUUAGCUCACCUGUGGCAUCAGAUUCGCGCACCCGUUGGCGUCUGGCUUUUCUUAUCUCAUGACUCAUUUCGCUGAAAUUCGUUGGCUCAGACGGAUCCGGCUGCCACUUGUGGGCUAGUCUGUCGCGUUGACAGCAUUAGCAAAAUAAUACUCGCCUCCUUUGAUGUCAGCACCUUCAGCAUGCUCCUCAAGUCUAAGCUACCCUUCUUAUGUCUUAUAAGCUGAGGCUCAUUUUUUCAGUAGAGCUCCGCAAUAGCGCAAGACACGAAAUAUUGACGAAUAGUCUUGAUUGCAGGCGCGAAGAACUUCUAUUGAGUGCGUACAUCCUGGAUGAAGGGAGACGCGUUGCGUCUCAAUCUUGA